UUCGGUAGGGAACUUGCUUUUUACGAGACUCCUGUAGAGACUCCUGCUGAACACCAAUGGAAACUACUGCUGUUACUUUAUUAUGCGGUCUAUAUUUAUGAAUAUCACACUAAGUAUAUCAGUUUUUGCAAAGUUUUGACCUUUUCGAUGGACUCAGAAUAUCCUAGUUCGCUCUUUCUUUAUACAUCAGCAGAUUUUCCACUUGAUUGUAGGAUCACAACUAUCUCGUCGCGACAGACGACCGCAGUUUGAGUGGAACAAAUAUCAAAAAUCGUGCCAUAGAUGCACAAGAGGUUCUACAGCAGAUUACCAAAUGUCAACCCUACGCUUCUGUGUUUAUUCUUGAUUGCUGUCGUAAUUAUUACCUUCGAAGUUCAGGUUUGCUACGAGGCCCACCACCAGAAGGUCUGAUGCCAAUGAAAGCAACUGAAGAUUCGUUGAUCGCUUUCAGCUGUGCACCAGGAGAAACUGCAUCGGACGGUCGUGGACAAAAUGGCUUGUUCACAAAACACCUUCUCCAACACAUUAAAACGCCAAAUCAAGAUAUUGAACAAGUGAUGCGCGAAGUUUCCUUUGGUGUUCAGCAGGAGUCUCUACAGGAGUCUCGUAAAAAGCAAGUUCCCUACCGAAACAGUUCUUUAACAAUGAAAAAUGUGUUUCUUUAUACAACUGGUAACGCUGGCGACACGUCAUCAAGUAAGCCUCAUUCCACUUUGAAGAGUUGUGUAAGUUAAGCUACUCUGAAGUCAGAGUCGUUUCUUUGAUAUCCAGUUUAAUAAGCUGACUUACAAAUUAGUCUAACUUUAGUUGUCAGAUCAUGAUCGACUCACAACUUUACACCAGACAGUACAUUUUUUCUGCUUUUUUCUUCCUGUAGUGCUAGUAACCUCUUUUACUCAUCGUUUUUUAACAUUCGAACACUUUGUAACAAAGGAUUAUAGAUCGCAGC